CGACUAGUUUAGAAAUAAUUAAACCUUUCUUCGAAAUUUUCCUUCCGACCAUCUUUGGAAUGAAGCCAACUAGCAAGAGAGGGAAGUCUACUCCUAAGAAAAGAAAGAAGUUAACAGAUGAAUUAGUUGUUCCAUGGGUGAAAAAACUUGAACAGAUCGAUUCACUUAAUCGAAGCAAUCAUGGAGAAUUAUCAAUUAAUUUCAGAGAAUAUUUUAUGAGCUUUUGCAAAAGGCUGGAGAGCGAAACUACAUACCAAAUCAGAGAAGAGAAUUUUUUUGUGGCGAUGAAAUAUUAUCAUAAUGAUCUAAAUCAACAUAAAAAGCAAAGACGAAAUGAUAAUCAAACAGAUCAAGAUGUUAACAUGAACAUGAACUUUAAUGAUACUCCGGACUUUUUCCGAAAUAUAUUUAAUUAGUUUUUUAUGCAAACUUUGAAUGAUUUAUCUUGAUAAUGCCUGAUGGAAAGCCAUUGCCUUUUUGGAUACUGACCUCCUGAAAAAAUUUGUACAGCUAAUAGUAAAAUUUUUUCGGUUGCUUCUGACCUUUUUAUAUAUAUUUCGGGUACUAUUUCUUAACGAUUUUGUUACAACUAGAAACGAUAAAACUUAAUAUGAAAUUAUUU